CUAUGAGUUUCAGUAAGGGAAAAAAAAAGAGAGAAAGUUUAUCUAGAAUCUGUGAAAUGAUCUUACUUUUUCUCAAUUGUUAUAGAUUUACGUAUAGCGUGUGUGAUGGUUGGUCUACCAGCUCGAGGCAAAACAUAUAUAUCUCAAAAAGUAUGUCGAUAUUUGAACUGGUUAGGGAUCACAACCAAAGUAUUCAAUGUAGGAAACUAUCGACGUCAACUUCAUGGAGCGAAUCUACCUCACACUUUCUUCGAUCCACAUAAUACAGAAGGAGAACAACAACGACAGGAAGCAGCCAAGGCAGCAUUAGAAGAUAUGAUGGGAUGGUUACUUGACAAGGAAAACGGAGGAAUGGUAGCGAUUUAUGAUGCCACGAAUAGCACACAUAAACGACGACGAUGGUUACAUGAUACACUGACAGCCAAGGAUAUCCAGGUUCUCUUUAUUGAAUCGAUUUGUCAAGAUGAAUCCUUAGUUCUAGCCAAUGUACGAGAUGUCAAAUUGAGCUCACCAGAUUAUCAACAUAUGGACCCUCAGGCUGCUGCAUUGGAUUUUACAGCAAGAAUCGAUCAUUACAAGGAACAAUAUGAAACCAUCACGGAGCAAGAAUACACCUAUGUCAAACUUAUCAAUGUUGGUUCACAAAAUGUCAUCAACAUGAUUCAAGGUUAUCUAGAAUCACGUAUUGUGUAUUAUGUUCUCAAUUUACAUAUUCAGCCUCGCAAGAUCUACUUUAGUCGGCAUGGUGAAUCUCAGUUCAAUGUACAAGGUAAAAUCGGUGGUGAUUCUAAUCUCAGUCCUCAAGGUCGUCUUUAUGCUGCUCAACUACCUACUUUGAUUCAAACACAUAUGGGUCCAGAUCGUCAUCUCACUGUAUGGACUUCAACAAUGAAACGUACCAUUCAAACUGCUGAAGGUCUCCCUUAUCCCAAAUUACAAUGGAAAGCAUUGGAUGAAUUGGAUGCUGGGGUUUGUGAUGGCAUGACUUAUGAAGAAAUAGAGAAAAAGUAUCCUGAAGAUUAUGCAAAUCGUGAUGAAGACAAAUAUGAUUAUCGAUAUCGAGGUGGAGAGUCCUAUAGAGAUGUUGUUCUACGAUUGGAACCUAUUAUUAUGGAACUGGAACGACAUGAAAAUAUUCUUAUAGUUGGCCAUCAAGCCAUCUUGAGAUGUAUCUACGCAUACUUUAUGAAUUAUAGUCAAGAAGAUCUACCUUAUAUCAAGAUUCCCUUACAUACUCUGAUCGAACUAACACCAAAAGCAUACGGAUGUGAAGAAAAACGUUAUAAAGGUAUAAAUCAAAUUAGAUUGGAAUCAUGUUGGUUUACUUAUUUUUAUAUAUUCUUAUGGAUGAAAAUAGCGAAUAUAGCGGCAGUGGAUACCCAUAGAAGUAAACCAACAAUGGAACAAAGAAAACAAAAAACAAACAAGUUAGCCAUUCAAAUCGAUGAUUCAACACUUGGGUCAAGUUCCAAAUUACCGGUGGGUGCUUCUGGUGAAAUCGUGCGCGAUUUUAUGAGUCCAAUUGUUCCUAUCAGUCCUGGAUUCCCUCCCAAAGAUAUGAAACGAAUCACCAAAGAUGAAUGAUAUAGCUUUUUUUUUUUAGAGGAAAAAAAAUGUUGAUUGAUAAUAAAA